CGCCCGGGAAGUUUCUUCCGUGUGCCCGGAGCCGGUGAUGUUACAGUGUGUAUAAGAGUGCUCCGCGCCUCCGCCGCCUGCAGCUAGAGCCUCCGCACUGUGUGCUUCUGCCCGUUACAAGUCACAGGAUUGUUACUAUAAACAGGACGAAGGGCCUAAUGAGAACAGAGAGCGGACGGCUCGCACACUCCCCCCUCAGGCUGUAAUGACCUCAAAAAAGCGAAAGUCCUCUUUGCCAGAAACUCCUGCAAAGCGUCAGAAGCUUAACAAAGAAACUAAAGGUCCUCCUACUUCAUCUAGAGGGAGAAAUGGUGUUACAAGCAAGUCAAAACCGCGUUCAACACCGAGUAAAAACAAAUCCGCUUUGCCAGCAAAUAAAGCCAUAAAUAAAUUACAGUCCUCUCAAUCUGAAGUGGGACAAAAAAGGAAAAAGGCAAAUGUGAAAGUCACCAAUGUAAAGAAUGUGCCUGCCAAGAAGAAAGCUUCACCCAAAGAUGUGGCAGUUUCAAAAAGGGGCACCCCAAAAUCCCUCAACAAUACUUCAAAAGCCACAAAGAAGAGCCAGCCAACAAGUCUGCGCAAAACAUCAGCCAAAGGAACGUCUGUAAAAAGUAAGACACCUAAAAUAGUGAAAAGCUCUAGCAAAAGCCAAGCUGCGAAACAUAUAAAAGCUGAAUCUGUAACGAAAACCUUGAGCAAACCCGGUAUAAAAUCUCUACAAGCAAAGAAAGUAGCUAAGAACGUAGCUAAAACGGUACAAAGUAAGAAGACACCAUCUACGACAACUCGCAUUAGAAAGAAACUACCUGCUGUAAAAAAUAAAAAGACGGCACCAUCGAUAAGAACAUCUGGGAAAAGUACAAAACCAGAACUCAAAAGGGACGCAGGUCGUGCAUCUGAGACUACUAAGAAAUUGUCCAGUACUAAGAGGACAAAUCAAAAGCCAUCAGUUCCAUUGAAGCAGAAGACUCCUGUGCUAGAUAAAAAGAAGCCAGAAAGGGCCCAAACCAGUAAUAAGUCAGGAUUAAGAGCAAGAGUGAAAAAAGAAGCCAAAACUGAGAGUCCUAAGGAUGUUCAUGAAAACUGCCUGGUCCAUCAAGCAAAACAACCUGAGACGAGCUUUGGUGGCCCUGUCAAAAACAAAGCCAAAGAUCAUGAUAAACCCAGUUCAGGCGUGACCUCCAUUGUAGCAGUGCAUUUGCCAAGUAAGAAAACAUCCAUUAAAGCUACAGGAAAGUCAACCACGCCUUUAAAGCGCAAAAGGGUUAGCAGUAAACCUGUGGUCAAGACAGAAAAUAAGGUGAAGAAGCAUAAAGAUGUCAAACCAGGAUCCGAUAAAAAUAAUCUAGAUGUCCCACCGGAAAAUGAUCAAAAAUCCAAGCGGAUAAGUAUUCUAGACUUGUGCAAUGAAAUAGCUGGAGAAAUAGAAUCUGAUACAGUAGAAGUUGUGAAAGAAGCACCUAGCACACCAACUAAGGACAAGGCCAUUGAGAAGAAGGAAGACAGUCCAACGGAGACCUCCCCACCCCCUCCUUCUGAACAGAACCCCAUUAAGCAGUUGAAACGGUUCUUUCCCAGCAGAAAACCAUUGCAAAUGAAAUGUAAGACUGAGCAGAAGACGAGUCCUUUAGCCAAAAAAUUCAAAUGGAAUAAAAUAAAGUUAAAAAAUAAUUUUGCCCAGAAUAAUAUAACCCAAAUUCACACUGUACUUCCUAAGCUUGAAACCAUUAAAGCCAAAGCCUCGGUCCAGCAGACAGUGGAUGCUCCCAAGACCCCAAAUAAAAAGCUGGAUGCAACAAUGACCACAGACCUUAAACGAAACGAAGCAGCGUUAUCAGGAAGGGUCCGAAACAGUACAGUCCCACCGGUGGAGGGGGAAAGUGACUUAAUGAAGCCUUCUACAGAAAAUGGCCUUCUGGAGAACCAUAUAAAACAUGAGCUUGAAAUAGCGCUUGAUGAGGGAUUUAGAUUACAGUUGGAUUCAAGUCCUGAAAAUUCUCCAGUGAAGAAACCCCAGUUGUCUGCUCUACCCAUAACCAAAGCAUCAGAAAAGCAAUGCAGCGACUGCAAGCAGCUGACGGACCAGAUGGCUGCAUCUGCGGAGAGGGGGAACGAAGUGAGCAGCGACGUGUCAGCUGCAAAAUCAAACCAUGUGCCAACUGAUGCCCAUCUUCAGAAAGAAAUUAGGAAGCUAAAAGAAGCAGAUAACAGCAGUAGUCAGCCGAUCAUCGAUGCUGGACAAAAGCGGUUUGGUGCAAUCGCCUGUAAUGUGUGCGGCAUGCUUUACACAGCGUCCAGUCCAGAAGAUGAGACUCAGCACCUGCUCUUCCAUAACCAGUUCAUCAGUGCAGUAAAAUAUGUGGGUUGGAAGAAGGAGAGGAUUGUAGCUGAAUACCCUGAUGGCAAGAUAAUAAUGGUGCUACCGGAUGAUCCUAAAUACGCUCUUAAAAAGGUCGAGGAGAUCCGAGAAAUGGUGGAUAAUGAUUUGGGGUUCCAGCAGGUUCCUCUUAGGCUUCACUCCAGGACAAAGACCCUCAUGUUCAUUAGCAGUGAUAAGAAAAUUGUAGGAUGUUUAAUAGCAGAACAUAUUCAGUGGGGUUAUAGGGUAAUUGAUGAUAUUCCAAGUGACAGUUGUGACAAAGAUCAAAUAACUCGUGAACGAGUAAAAGCCUGGUGUUGUUCCACCACCCCUGAGCCUUCUAUCUGUGGAAUCAGCCGAAUCUGGGUGUUCUCAAUGAUGCGGAGAAAGAAAAUUGCUUCCCGGAUGCUUGAGUGUUUAAGGAACCAUUUCAUAUACGGCUCCCAUCUGAGCAAAGAUGAAAUUGCAUUCUCAGAUCCAACCCCAGAUGGCAAGCUGUUUGCAACGCACUAUUGCGGUACCAGCCAGUUCCUAGUUUAUAACUUUGUCAGUGGACACCAUCCAGUGAGUUGAACGCCGGGUGUCGCCAUUCCUUUAGUUUACAGACAAAACUUGCAUCAAUCUUGCAGAUUCUUCUAGAAAUGAACUCAGGAUGUGGACACCCAAUGGGGGUUCAUCAUAUUCUUAUAACUGGAAGAAUAUUCAGAAACAAAAAAAGCUUAAUUUUUGAAGCAAAUAUUUUGAUAUCUUUUUCUUCUAAAAGAUUGUGGUUCGAGUAUUUUCUAUACAGUACUUUAGUCAUGUUUACAUGCAGCAAAUGAUUUUGUUCAUAGUGGACUAAACUAAUUGUAAAUAAGGAAGACUGUGCGAACUGAAGAGCCUUAUGUGGGUAUAUAUAGAUAUUUGCACAUUGCUUUUGUUAGUAAGGUUUAAUUUAACACUGAAAAUUCCAGUCAAAAAUCUAAUCUCUAUUAGAGUUUUUUUAGGAUUUAUAUUCUUUGCAUUUAAUAUUGCAGCAUGUAAGGCCUCUUUCACACUACAGUUUUUUUUUUUUCCGUUUUGCGGGCCGUUUUUUGCAUUCCAUAUACGG